UUGAUUUAAAAGCAUAAGUUACUAAAAGAUAUUGACCAUUAAUGUAUGGUGAUCGACAUUACUGAUAAUGUAUGAUGGUCAGGAUUAUUUUGAUUUUUGAUAGCUUUAACGUAUAGAUGAUGGGCUAGUGAGAGAGUAAUCAAAAUUUUAAUAAGUUAUGAUGAUAAUUUUUUUAGUUCGUAUUUCAUUUUUAAUAAAAAAAAAAUAUUAAUGAAUAAAAUGGCGUAGGCCUGCCAUUUUCAUCCCCUGCUUCAGGGUUUUCACUCUUAAGAAGGCCUUAGACCUUGCAGAAACGUAUAGCUUUGUGGAAGGGUUUAAGAGUGGAAAAAGAAGAAAGCCAAGAAAAGAAAGGGUUUUAGGAGUGGCCAGAAUUUUCAAAGAAUUGCAACUUAUUAGGGAAUCAAGGGUUUUAGCGAUGGGAUCCUCUUUCAGAGAAUUAUAAGGUGGAAAUCUGCAUCUCCAUGAACCUGAGAAGCGCCAUCCACUAUGGUUUCUCCUCCAUCAUCCCAAAAUUCCUCCACCACCACCACCUCCAAUGUCGAGGCAUCGUCAGGGUUCGUCUCAAAUGGGUGAAGAACCGAAGCCUCGACCACAUCAUCGACACCGAGACCGACCUCAAAGCCGUAUGCCUCCUCAAAGACGCCAUCAAACGCUCCUCCAGCGGCUUCCUCGCCUCAAACUCCGUCGCCAACUGGCAGAAGCUUCUGGGUCUCACCGUCCCUGUUCUUCGCUUCAUGCGCAGGUACCCGACUCUCUUUCACGAAUUCCCUCACCCCAAAUACCCUAGUCUUCCAUGCUUUCGCCUCACUGACACUGCACUGAUGCUUCACUCACAAGAAGAGAGCAUACAUCAGACCCACGAGGCUGACACCGUUGAGAGGCUUUGUAAGGUUCUUAUGAUGAUGAAAACUAGUAUGGUUCCCUUGCAAUCGCUUUCCCCUUUGAAAUGGGAUCUGGGUUUGCCUGAUGAUUACCAUAGAACCUUAAUUCCCAAAUACCCAGAUCAUUUCCGGGUAAUUAAGGCCUCGAAUGGGGUUCCCUGUCUGAGACUUGGUGGAUGGCGUGAGGAAUUUGCGGUUUCAGCUUUGCAGAAAAGCCAUGAGAGAGGUGAAUUGGAUGGGGGUGAAUAUAGGGAGUUUAAGAGGGGAAAAUCCGCGUUGGCAUUCCCAAUGAGUUUUCCGCGGGGUUAUGGGGCACAGAAGAAGGUGAAGGCUUGGAUGGAGGAGUUUCAGAAGUUGCCUUACAUUUCACCAUAUGAGGAUUCCAGGCUGAUUGAUCCAAACAGCGAACUAAUGGAGAAAAGAGUUGUUGGGGUUUUGCAUGAGUUUCUCAGCUUAACCAUUCACAAGAAGACCAAGAGGAACUAUUUGAGAAGCUUGAGAGAGGAGUUGAAUCUUCCCCAUAAGUUUACACGAAUUUUUACGAGGUACCCUGGGAUCUUUUAUCUCUCCUUGAAGUGUAAAACAACAACAGUAGCGAUUAGAGAAGGGUACAGGCGGGGUAAGUUAGCAAGCCCACAUCCCCUUGCUCGCAUUAGGGAAAAGUAUAAUUAUGUGAUGAGAACAGGUGUUCUUUAUCGGGGCAAAGGAACCAAUAUGAUGCCUCAGGAAGAUGUUUUGCUUGAUGAUGGAGAGGAUACAACAGAACAAGAAGAAUCUGUUGAAGAAGAGCCUGACAUUGAUGAUGAAUGCAAUAAGGAGGACACCUCAGAGGAGGACCUGGACUCCGAUGAGGACUAAUGUUCUUAUCCAACAAAAGUGGAGAAGAAACAAUUGUCAUCAUUACUUGAGGCGAGAAAAUUUCACAAGGACCCUUGGAUUUACAUAUUGGUCUUCUAUCUGAAUAAGUUGUGUAGGAUAGGUUUCAUGCCUUUCCAUUGAUUCCAUCUUGUGUUUUUUUUAAAUUGUUUGCUAGUAAGAAUAGGAUGAGAUUCUAAGUGAUGCCCCUUGCAAAUUCCAAAAUCAAAUCUUCCAAAUCAUCAUACAGAAGUUUUCUUUGUAUCAAUAUGCAUUUUUUCAUUCUGUAUGGGAAAUUCUUGGUUAAGCUACAUUCCUCUCAUUAGAUAAAUAGAAAAAUCAAGUUGUAGCCCUGCUUAUAUUGCUGUUGGAUUUGCUCGAUUCAUUUUCUUAUAUACAUUCAAUAAAAGGUUUCUAUUCUCUCCCUUCUA